AAAAAGGCUAUCCCUCUCACCCCCACACCCCAUAUGCUCGGCUCAAUCAUCCAAGGAAGGGAGAGGAACUCUGAAACUACUCCAUUUCUUCAUCCAUACACGCACCAAGUUGAGGGAGGAAGAAGAAAGGAAAAAAGAGAAGAGAAAAGAGGAGUUUAGGUGGGAAAACUUGUGUUUAGCAAGGUAUUCAAGGAACUUUCACGGAGUUGAAAGAGUCGCCGGAGUUGUCGCCGGAGUUCGUUGAAGUUCGCCGGAGUUUCGCCGGAGCUAAAUCGGGAAGGCUAGAACUUCAUAAGCUUCAUUAAGGUUGAGGCUAGAGUCCUACUACCUGCACCUUUGCCUAGGGUGACUGAUCGAGAAGGAAGACGUGGUUCGUGCUUCCAUUCUUAUUUCAAAUGUAUAAACCGCUCAUGGAUUUUUGAACAAUAUUUUCAUCAAAACAGUUGGGGGUCUGCGUGCCCGUGUUUGCCACGUGUGGCUAAGUAUCAAACAUUUUAUUAUUUCCGCAUUUGUUUUAUUAUGAUAUUGAUGUUGAUUGUAUGUGUUUACUAAUCGGUUUGGCAAUAGAAUCAAUCAGACGCCUUGUACAACUCAAUAGGGAUGAACUGUUGUUGUUCUUAUCGGGUUGUACGGCGGUUGUCUACGUGGCUCGGAUGCGGUCCGGGGCGUGACAAUUUAGUGGUAUCAGAGCCAUCGAUUUCUAAACUAUAUAAUUAACCUCUCAAUAUGGUUAUCCUCAAAAAGUCUUGAAUAAAACCAUGAGCAACAGUUUUUGUACUUAAGGAACCGUUGGAAACCAAGUUAUUGACCUCUUAUUGUUAAGACGGUACCCUUAACAGUUUGUUGGCCAUAAUGUUGGACCAAGUGGUGUCUUUUGUACUAAUCCGUCGAUUGACAUUGAAACGAGUCUAAUGACUCAUUCCUUAUUUCUUUCAGAAAUGGAGGGUGGACGCAGGAUAACUAGGAGGAACCCGACAGGGCAUGUGCCGGGGGCCACCGGGCAUGCCACUCGGGCGGAAUCACGGACCUCUAGGGGUAGAGGCCGGGGCCAAAGCCGAGGAGGAGGCCGAGGCAGGGGUCGUGGGCGUUCUACAACGCCGAUGGCAAGUAGCACACGUGUCGGUUCUGUGCACCCAUCUAGGGCCACCGAACCGGACGAUUUCACGUAUGCUCCAAGCACGGAGCAAGAGGAGACCCCGUACAACGGGGAGGACUUUGAGGAAGAAGAUGAGGAUGAUGAUCCUCAUUAUGACCGUAUGAGUGAGGUACUAGAAUGGUACCUCGAGAAUAAGGCAAAGAGAGAACAGCGGCGCCAAGCUAGACAGGCUAGGCAGACCAUGGGGCAAGGAAGCCGAGGUGCUUCUAGUGCUCCAUCGGGGGCAUUUGGAGGAGACACGAUGGUGCGUAUCUCCAAGUACCUCAAGGAGGCCAGGGCCUUGGGGUGCAAAUCAUUUGAUGGCAAGGGCGACAUAUCUGAGGCCGCCGACUGGAUUAAGAAGCUGAAUGAUGCUUCUAGGGACAUGCAAAUUUCACUCGACGUGAAGUUGAGGGUUGCCACCAGGUUACUAGAAGGGGUAGCUGUUGUAUGGUGGGAAGGCGUGGAGGGAAAGUUCCACGGUGAAGCCACUUGGGAGGAAUUCGAAGUGGAGUUCUAUAAUCAGUACUACUCAACUUUUGAAGUCAAUCUCAAAAGAAGAGAGUACACGAACCUGAAACAGGAGGAUGGUUGCUCGGUGAGGCAAUUGGAACAAAGGUUCUUUUGUUAAUUUGUGCACUUUCAUUUGCUCUAUAAUGUUUAUCUUUCAUUUUCUCUAUAU